AUAAGAUUAUGACUCAUGGUUUAAAUAAUAGAUAUUAUUAUAAUGUCAAGAUAUCCGUAAUUUUUGAAAUUUUGGACAUCCCCAAUCUCAAUUCACAUGCGCAACACUAUCUAAAUAACUACAAUCAUAAAGGCGCUGUUCUAAGCAAUUGUUGCCUAUGGCUCCUCACUCAUGAGAAAGAACUGAAAGCCAUUGGACCACUCUUCUCUGCUUAUAAAGCAUUACAUAGGCAAGGCCCAAGGUCCCUCAAACACACACACAUACACACACACGGGGGAGGGAGGGGGGGAGGGAGGGGGAGAGAGAGAUGGGUUCCGUAGCAUUUGAGAAGCCUCAUGUCGUCUGCAUUCCUUACCCGGCCCAAGGCCAUGUAACGCCAAUGCUUAAGCUCGCCAAGCUCCUCCACUCCAAGGGCUUCCACAUCACCUUCGUCAACACCGAGUUCAACCACUGCCGCCUCCUCAAGUCUCGAGGCCCCUCUGCUCUCGACGGUCUCCCCGACUUCCGCUUCGCCACCAUCCCAGAUGGCCUCCCCCCUUCCGACGCGGACGCGACCCAAGACAUCCCUUCUCUUUGCUACUCCACCAUGACUACCUGCCUUCCCCACUUCCGCCGCCUCCUCUCGAUGCUCGAUGGCCCCCCACUGACCUGCAUCAUCUCCGAUGGUGUCAUGAGCUUCACUUUGGAUGCUGCGAAGGAGCUCGGAGUCCCUGAGGUCUUGUUCUGGACCACAAGUGCUUGUGGCUUCAUGAGCUACCUCCACUACCGCCACCUUAUCGAGAAAGGCCUUGUGCCGCUCAAAGAUGCGAGUGAUCUUACCAAUGGAUAUCUCGACACACCAUUGGACUGGAUACCAGGAUUGAAGAAUAUGCGGCUCAGGGACAUUCCGAGCUUCAUCCGAACAACGGAUCCUGACGACACCAUGAUCAACUUCGCUUUGCAUGAAUGCGAGAGGACAGCCAUGGCGUCGGCGAUCAUUCUAAAUACCUUCGAUGAAUUGGAACAACCCGUCCUCGCUGCCAUGGCAGCAGUACUCCCACCCAUCUACACCAUAGGACCGCUAACCUUGCUCGCUCGCCAGGUUCCUACAAGUCCAGUCGCCGCCUUGGGCUCGAACCUAUGGAAGGAAGAGACGGCUUGUUUGAACUGGCUCGCCGGCAAAAAUCCCAAGUCCGUAGUAUACGUCAAUUUUGGUAGCAUAACGGUCAUGACAAAUCAACAACUGAUAGAGUUUGCAUGGGGACUGGCCAAUACUGGCCAUGAGUUCCUGUGGAUAAUUAGACCUGACCUUGUCAAGGGUGAUGCUGCUGUGCUUCCACAGGAGUUCUUGGAGGAGACUAAGGAGAGGGGUCUCCUUGCAAGCUGGUGCCCCCAGGAGGAGAUACUAUCGAACCCGGCAAUCGGAGGGUUCUUGACGCACAGCGGGUGGAAUUCGACGGUGGAGAGCAUAUGCGAAGGGGUGCCGAUGGUAAGCUGGCCGUUCUUCGCCGAGCAGCCGACAAACUGCCGGUACGUGUGCACCGAGUGGGGCAUCGGCAUGGAGAUUGACAGCAAUGUGAAGAGAGAGGUGGUGGAAGGGAUGAUAAGGGAGCUGAUGAGGGGGGAGAAGGGGGAGGAGAUGAAGGAGAGGGCGGUGGGGUGGAAGGAGAGCGCAGUUAGGGCGACCCGGCCUGGUGGGCCCUCUUCCCUCAAUUUGGAGAGGUUGGUCACGGAGGUGCUUCUCUCAAAGAAAGGGGCCUAGGAUCCACCAAAAUGUGGGACCUUAUCUUUGGUGAAUUAUUUAAGAGUUGUCUGUCGACGAGCUACAUGUAAUCGUUCACGGGGAUCAUUCACCAUGUGAAGUGGUCCCAAAUGUGCCGUUUUGGAUUUUUCUUCAAAGUAUUCCUCGUUCUUAGUUAU